AAACCCGACAUUAGACAGCAUCUCCAUAGAGCGGUCCUAUCAAAUACUCUCUAUUUCUCUUGCUGCGCAUUCGACGUCAACCUUUCCCUACGCUUUGCGCCAGCAUCAAUCGAUCUUAUCCGCCACCGCUACAGGACCCCCCUCCCCCAAGAACCGCAGCAAUGGCAUCACACCCAACCCUCAAGACGACCUUCGCUGUAAGGAGCGAAGCGACAACGCAUCCUCUAACCUCCUAUCUGCUCCGGCUCAUGGACCUCAAGGCGUCCAACCUCUGCUUGAGCGCUGAUGUGCCGACGGCGCGAGAGCUCCUUUACCUUGCUGACAAAAUCGGCCCUUCCAUCGUUGUGCUCAAGACACAUUACGACAUGGUCUCUGGGUGGGAUUUUCACCCGGAUACUGGCACUGGUGCCAAGCUGGCCUCGCUAGCUCGAAAACACGGCUUCCUCAUUUUCGAGGACCGCAAGUUCGGGGACAUUGGCCAUACUGUUGAGCUGCAGUACACCGGCGGCUCGGCGCGCAUCAUCGACUGGGCCCACAUUGUCAACGUCAACAUGGUACCAGGCAAGGCGUCUGUGGCCUCCCUGGCCCAGGGUGCCAGGCGAUGGCUGGAGCGGUAUCCGUGCGAGGUGAAGACAUCGGUUACUGUUGGCACCCCUACCAUGGACCAGUUUGAGGAUGCUGAAGAUGCUAAAGAUGGUGAGCCUGUUACGGUCAACGGCAACGGGUCCAAUAUGAUGGAGAAGCCCAUUUACGCUGGGCGCAAUGGCGAUGGCCGCAAGGGAAGCAUCGUUUCUAUCACUACUGUUACUCAGCAGUACGAGUCCGCCGCCUCGCCCCGACUGGCAAAGACAAUCGCAGAGGGAGAUGAGUCACUAUUUCCGGGAAUCGAAGAGGCGCCACUGAACCGUGGUCUCCUCAUCCUUGCCCAGAUGUCUAGCGAAGGCAACUUUAUGACCAGGGAAUAUACCCAAGCUUGCGUCGAGGCUGCUAGGGAACACAAAGACUUUGUUAUGGGCUUCAUCUCACAAGAGGCGCUGAACACACAGGCAGACGACGACUUUAUCCACAUGACUCCAGGUUGCCAGCUUCCUCCCGAAGACGAAGAUCAGCAGACAAACGGCAAGGUUGGAGGAGAUGGCCAAGGCCAGCAGUAUAACACGCCAUAUAAGAUUAUUGGCAUCGCCGGCAGCGACAUCGCCAUUGUAGGUAGAGGCAUUCUGAAGGCAUCUGAUCCCGUAGAGGAGGCAGAACGUUACCGAUCAGCAGCAUGGAAAGCCUACACCGAGAGGCUGCUGCGAUAAAAAAAAAAAGGAGAAGCGGAGCUGGUAGAGGCUCUUAUCCAAUGCCCGCAUCAUAGAAUGCAAUGUAUUUAGGCGAACUCUUUUUAUCUUCUUCUACUUCUUUUUUUGUUUAGGGAGGCCGGCCGUCUACUAGCCAAGAGGCUACCCAGUUUUGAUGUUAUUGCAUGCACAAAGGUGGAGGCGAACUGCACAUUGGGGCUCACUGGUCCGUUACAUGGUGGAUCUGGAUUUUUCGGAUUUUGGUACGCUUGCGAUUUUCGGGAAACAAACGCUAGGGCGGCUUGUAGGGAUUUUUUAGGAUCAACUAUCAAUGAUUUAUUCCUUCUAUUUGAAAAAAAAAAUUGGAGGAGAAAAGAAGGAGAAAAGACAAUUUCAGUGAAUAGU